AUGGUCAACUUGCUAGUUCCGGGAGAAAAGACAUUGGUUGACCCAAGAGAUCCCACGAUUGGUGAAACGACCACAUCAUGGGCCAAUUCGAAUUUCAAUGCUACAGUAUUUGCAUCGAACUUCUUCGAACCAGACGAUUGGCCACAGUACGAUAUCAACGACCGAUUCUUCCAGCAGUGGCUACUCGAGUGGAGAACAGCAGCACAGGUAGAGCAUUACGGACCUGGAGAAUCUGAAGGCAACGCCGUACCUACUAGACAGGAAGUCGCUGCCUACAGGAACCUACGGCAGCGUCAUUUCCUCAACCUUGAGAAUACAUUCGGCACCCAAACUUGUAUCUAUUACGAGCUCUUCGUCAUGUGGGAUUUUAAUGCAUCUGCUGCAGCAGGUGAAUGCACUUCUCCAAGAGUGUCAGUAUCAAACAUUCGCUUCCUGUUCGAUGUAGUCGAUGCUAUUCCCGAGGAACGCCUUGAUCGAUUAUUCGUGUUCUUUGUCUUCAAGGAUGUUCGUCAAGGUCGCUACACUCAUGUCGCCGAUUCCAAGCGUAGAUACGAUAACGACACCAGACUCAGUCGUCAGUGGACAGACAUCAUAGAAGAGGCCAUAGCCGAGUCACGGCAGUUGAAUCAGGACCUUGAGAACGGACUGUAUCCAAACAUUGACCCGAUAACGCCGUUGAAAUGGGAUAUUGCUCGCAAUGCCAGGAGAAAGAUUUUAAAGACAUUUGGCAGGAACAACUUAUUGAGAAGAGGGCAGCUGAAGUAUAUGAUGUUUGACACGUUCAAGGAGUCAAGGCGUGUCAGAAGACAAGAUCCUGAUGUCAGAAGGUGGUUGAGAGAUGCUCGAGGAAGGUGUGAUGAGUCCCUGCAAUCAGAAGUCUGUUGA